ACCAUGGAGAGCUGCCGGGCGCUGGCGCUGUGCGCCGUGGCCGCCGCGCUGCUGCUGAGUGCCCGCGGGCACGGAUCGACCCCGCCGCGCCGCGCCCGCGACCUGGGACCGCCCGGCGGCGGCGGCGCUUCCCGGGAGAAGGAGCUGAUCGAGGCGCUGCAGGAGGUGCUGGAGAAGCUCAAGAGCAAGAGAGGACCGCACUACGAGAAGAAGUUCGGGCAGGUGCCUAUGUGCGACGCCGGGGAGCAGUGCGCCGUGAGGAAGGGGGCUCGCAUCGGGAAGCUCUGCGACUGCCCCCGGGGGACGUCGUGCAAUUCCUUCCUCCUCAAGUGCCUGUAAGCAGAGGCGCC